AUGAGUCAAAGAUACUCAGCAUCACCUUCUCCCCGUCCUGGGACUCCAACACAAGCCAAUGGAUCAGCUCUUGAUAUUUCAAUCGGUUGCAAGUUAUUCGUUGAAGUCAAAAAAGGGAAAAAGGAACAACAAGAAGAAUUUCGCAAGGCCGAAAUUUUAUCUAUCCGCACAAAUAAUGCCAGUCAAACAGAAUAUUACGUACACUUUAUGGAAUUUAAUAAAAGAUUAGAUGAAUGGGUUGGAAUCGAAAGGUUAGAUCUUUCGAGGGAGAUCGAAAGGCCUGUUAAAAAACGUACAAGCAAAGGUGGCUUUAGAGAAACUGAUACAUCAUCUUGCAUUGGUUCACCGACGCGAGAUGGUAGCCGAACUCCAGCUUCAGUGGGACAGAAAAGAAAGAUGUCAUCAUUAGAAGAUCCACCCACUCCUUCGAUCGAACUACAAAAUGAUGAUUACGAUUCUGUUGACGGUAAUGUGACACCCGGCAAUAUGACACCUUCGGGUCCCAUGGCUACUACUUUCUCAAAAGCACAAGAGAUCGAGAGACUUCGUGUCUCUGGAUCGAUGACGCAAUCACAUUCUGAAAUUUCAAGAGUAAAAAAUCUUGAAAAAAUUCAUUUUGGGGAAUAUGAUGUUGAAACCUGGUACUUUUCACCGUAUCCUCGCGAAUACAGUGAUGCGGCAGUGGUUUAUAUUUGUGAAUUUUGUCUAUUUCACUUUAUAAGCGAAAAGCAACUUCAGCGACAUUGCAAGAAGUGUACUGUUCGACAUCCUCCUGGAAACGAAAUUUAUCGAUGUGAUGAUAUUUCUUUUUUUGAGAUCGAUGGCAACAAGCAAAAAGUUUAUUGUCGCAAUUUAUGCCUUCUAUCAAAAUUAUUUCUCGAUCACAAAACCCUUUAUUACGACGUUGACCCCUUUCUUUUUUACAUAAUGUGUAAACAAGAUGAAUACGGGUGUCAUAUGAUCGGGUAUUUCUCAAAAGAAAAGGAAAGUACCGAAGGCUACAAUCUUGCGUGUAUUCUCACCCUCCCUCAGCAUCAAAGAAAAGGUUUUGGUAGAUUGUUGAUCGCUUUUUCUUACGAGCUUUCUAAAAAAGAAGGCAAAGUUGGGUCACCAGAAAAGCCGCUCUCAGAUCUUGGGCUACUUUCCUAUCGCUCUUAUUGGAGUGAAGUAAUAGUAGAGCUCUUAUUAGAAACAAAGGAGCUCAAUGAAGAUAUUGCCAUUGAAGAUAUUUCGGCAAGGACAAGUAUCGCUACCACUGAUAUCAUUCAAACUUUGCAAACUCUUGGUGCGAUCAAGCCUUAUAAAGGACAACAAAUUAUUUGCCUAUCUGAUGGUGUUAUUGCUUCAUAUCACAAGGCAAAGGAAAAACAUAAAAAUCGGCGAAUUGAAGAAUCUUGUCUCCAAUGGACUCCACCUCAUUUUACUUCAAAUCAAUUGAGAUACCUUUGA